AGAUUAUGCAUCUACCGUAAUUCGUAAUAUCAAAUGAGUUUGGGAAUCUACCAAGACAAAAAUGAUUCAGUUUUGGAGAUCUCCUCAUAUCACUGGAUAGGGAAUUUGGGACUCCAUCAUGAUAUCUGAAUAUUUCUUUAGAAUAGCCCUAACAAAAAUAGAGUAAUAAACAACUCCACUCCAACAUUUUGAUUUAUGGCAGUGAUUCACAAGUACUUACAAAGUCGUUGCGCCGACUCAGAUAUGAAUACUCGGAAAUGACUUGCGAAUCGUUAAGGGCGAUACCUGAACCUAAAGUAUUUAAGGGAAGAUCUACCAGUCUGUGGCCCUUUCAUGUUUCAGUUGUGAGUUGUAUACAUCGCUUUACCUUAGGUUCCUUCUUCAGUGUAAAAUUUUAAAAAUAUCUACUGCCAUUUCAUCGUUGGAAGUUAUGAUGACCAAAACAAAAAUAUCACCUAGUGUAUUCGUCCACAAAGUAAAAUAUAAUUGGUCAUUCAGAACUGUGGCCGAUUUCUUGAGGAAAUCAUGCAAUAGUAAGAAGAAAACUGCCCUGGAACUCUUGGUUGGUAGUUCGACACGUCAUGGCUCCAGAGAAAAAUUGGUGAUGUGCCUUCUUCUUAAAAAUGGUGCUGAUCCUUUGAAGAAAUGUAAAAGCGGUGGGACAAUAAUUCAAAAGAUUUUAAGAAACAGAGAUUCUUCCUUGAUAAUCAAGUUCUUGGAAUAUGUGAAGGAUAUCAAUAUGCUCCAUGGCGGAAGUACGGCCCUGCAUAUAGCCGUUGAAAGGCAAAUUAAAGACUUAGUAAAAUAUAUUCUUGGAAGAAAUCCUGAAAUUAAUAAGGAGUCCGAUAGCCAUCAGAAUACACCUCUUCAUGAUGCAGUUACAUUGGAUAGUGUUGAAAUAACGGAAAUCCUCCUUGAAAAUGGUGCCAACAUUGAGGCUAGAGAUAUCAAAGGACAGACACCACUUCAUUGGGCUCUUGAUCAUAAUAACUCCUUUGAUCAAGUCAGGAUGUUAGUUAUGAACGGCGCAGAUGUCAAUUCAAAAGACAAUGGUGCAAGAACACCAUUACACACACUAUGUUGUAAUGGCUUGCCUAUAAAUUUCGCAAUAUAUGAACUUCUACUUCAGAAAGUGUCUGACAUAAAUGCGGCGGAUGAAAGAGGGUCUACACCGAUACUGAAUUUGAUAUGGACCCUAAAGCCAGAUUCACCAUCGGACAACGAAAAAUUAAUAAAUUUAUUAUUACAAUGUGGCAGCAAUUUGAACCAACAGGACCAUGUGUUUGGUAGCGCAUUACAUGCUGCCGCUUUCUUCGGACGUUCUGUCUCUUUUAUCAGAUUCCUAAUAGAAAAAGGGGCAGAUACGUCUUUUUUGAAUAGGUUCAAUGAAACAUUCAUAGAGUGUAUGCUGAAUCGGGACAGUAGUUCAGAAGUUGAGGAGCUGCUGAAGUGGAUGUUUCUUGAGGAGAGCAGAAACAAAUUCGAAUUUCCUGGAUCUCUCUUAGAUUUAAUUCGAUCAGAUGAAGAAAUGUUGGAAUUCGCGGAGUUGUGUAAACAGGAAUUGCGCAGUAUGAAGGAAAUAAAAUUAAAUAAAGAUGAUUAUUUCUCAUUAUACACAGUUAUGACCGUAAAUGAGAGGGUCUUAGCGAAGUUUUUCCGCAUCGACCCAUCUAGAAUCAGACUCUCUUCGGAAACGGAAAGAUUUCCAAUUUACGGGACUGAUUUGGAAAGAAAUCAUUUAUUGGGGUGGAGGAGAUAUAACACAGAAAUUUCAGUUCGCAAUUUACUAACAGAAAUAAGUGAUGGAAUUUUAGAUUAUGAUGCUAUUGACGAAAUACUGAAAUUUUUGUCAACUGAGGAUAUAAUUCUAUUUCAAAAAACUGUCCUGGAACUGUUGGUAGGUGAUAAGAAAUUUCACUGCUCCAGGGACAAAUUAGUGAUGUGCCUUCUUCUUGAGCAUGGUGCAAAUCCAUUGCAUGAAUGUGGAGACAAUCAAACCAUUAUGCAGAAAGUUUUUCGGAACAAAGAUUCAAAAUUGAUCAUCAAGUUCCUGGAAUAUGUAGAAGAUGUGAACAUAUUCCUUGGGGAAUUCACUGUACUGAUUAUAGCUGUCAGAAGACAUUUGACAGACGUGGUAGAGUAUACCAUAGGCAGGAAUGCGGAGAUUAAUAAAAAAUGUAGCCUGAGCCAGUCAACCGCUCUACAUGAAGCGGUUCAAUAUGACACUGUGGCUAUAACGAGAAUCCUCCUUGAAAAUGGGGCUGACCUAGAGGCAAGAGACAGAACCGGUCAAACACCGCUGCACUGGGCCCUCGGAAAUAGUCUUGAUCAAGUCAAGAUAUUGGUCGAGAACGGUGCAGAUAUCAACUCAACGGAUAUAUUCGGAAGAACUCCAUUGCAUACACUCUGUUCUGAAGGUUUAAGUACAGAUUUCCAUACAUGUGAAUUUCUUCUACAGAAAGUAGCCGACACAAAUGCAGCAGAUAUUAAUGGAGCUACACCCCUACAUACCUUGAUGAGGUAUUUUCCCGUAGCUUGCACAUCCAGGAACGAAAAAUUGGUUAAUUUGUUCCUGAAAUAUGGUGCCAAUUUGAACAGACGAGAUAACUUCUUUGGUACCAUAUUACAUGCUGCCGCAUUUCGCAAUCAUUCUGUCCGUUUUUUACUAUUCUUGAUACAGAAAGGGGCAGAUACGUCGAUUUUGAACCGAGCAAACGAAACCUUCAUAAAUUGUUUGGCACGCUGCACCCGUUCUGAACUAAUAAGAUGUUUAUUUGUUGAAGAAUUCAAAAAGAAUUUUGAAUUCAAUGAACAUCUAUUAACUGAAAUUCGAUCAGACAUACAGAAUUUUGAACUUGAAAAGUCAUGCAGAAAAGAAUUAAGCAUUCUCAAGGAUCAAAAAUUGAAACCCGAGGAUUCGUUAUCAUUAUUCAUGGUGAUGUCUGCAGAUGAAAAGGUUUUAGCGAAGUGUUUUCGUUAUGAUCCUUCUAGAAUCGAAAUCACAGAUUUGCAGACGAACCAAUUUCCAAUUUACGGGCUUGAUCUAGAACGUAACCAUAAAACUGGUAUAGAGAGAUUCAAAGCAGAAAUUUCAAUAUGUGAUUUUCUAUCCAAACAAAGUGAAAAUAUUCUGGAUCUUGAUUCAAUUGACGAAAUCGUGAGGUUUAUAUCAACUAAGGAAAUGAAUCUAUUCAAGAAAUUGAAAAGGUUACUUUGAUCUUUGGGUAUACAAUACCGUUUAUUAUCAAUAUAGAGGGUGGGUCAAAAGUGGAGAAAUCAAUUUAUUCAAGGAAAUGAACAGCAUGUGUAUUAUAACUAAAUAGAACUUUUUUAUCCAAUGAAAUGUGUCUCCUGUCUGAGCUAAAGAAUAUUUUAUUAGAAAAUUUAGAAAUUUUUUUGUCCAGAAUUGGACAACUAUUCGACUUUUCAUUGCCAUAUCCGCUAAAAGUGUACAUUCUACAAACCCCAGUAAAUUAUGUCACAUUUACGUUCACUGUUCAAUCCUUCCCAAAUUCCAAGCCACUGGCGGAAUUGCAAUUUUAGUUCUAGAUUGUUUAUGACUUUCGUUGUGAAUAUUAUACACACAUCCUUUCACAGAAAUGGAAUACUAAUUUUUCGAAAUAUAUAUACCUAUAUAUAUAUAUAUAUAAAUAUUAAUUGGAAUAUAGGAUGAAUCUGAGUUAUUUUAUAUAUGUAUUUUGAAUAUUUUGAAGUGAAACACCCUGUAAUUCGGACAGAGUGAUUUCUGUUGAAUUUUCAUAUUCUUAGGUAAGGAUUCAACUGUUGAAAUAUCUUUAACUUAUAAUACACAUUGAUGUUGCAACUAAAUUGCGAUGAUAUUUCUCAGUGAGAAUUGUAUUAUCAGCAAGAAAACUCGAUUAUCUCUAAAAUAUGAUAUUUUUGUAGUCGAGUAUUCCUCUAUGUCAGAAAUCUCAGGUAAUUCGUUAAACUGCUAUUCAAAUGUUGAAAAUUGAUAUUUUAUUUUCACAUCUAUACUUUGUGUCUCAUAAUAUUGAAGUUUGCACAGUUUUUGUUUUGCAUUAUGGAAUUUAUUUUUACUUAUUCACUAUCUUUUUCUUUGUAUAUAUUAUUGUUAUAUGUAAAUGUAAAUAAAAUUUUAUGU